AUGUAUCAGUCGGCGGCUCACACCGCAAUAGAGGCGCAGGCGGAGUGCUUCGGGAAGCCGCUCAUUCGUAGGGAGCUCGCGGGGAGGGCCGUGAACCAGGCCCUCCAGUACAGCCUCACCGAAGAUGAUGAGGUGGAAGACCUAUUUCUACUCCUGAAGGAAGUCAAGGAACGUUUCCCGGAGGUGGAGGGGGUCGGUUCCGGCGCUAUCCUGUCCAACUACCAGCGCACUCGCGUGGAGAACGUCUGCGGGAGGCUGGGCCUGACGUCCCUCGCUUACCUGUGGAGACGACCGCAGUCUCCUCUGUUGGCGGAGAUGGUGGAAGCCGGCCUGAAUGCUGUCUUGGUGAAGGUCGCGUCGUUCGGGCUGGAGCCAUCCAAGCACCUCGGGCGCUCUCUCGCUCGCCUCCGGCCCUUCUUCGAGUCGCUCCACUCCCGCUGCGGCUUUCACGUAUGCGGCGAGGGGGGAGAGUACGAAACCCUCACGCUCGACUGCCCUCUGUUCGUCAGGAAGCUGGUGCUCGACGAAACCGUGGUGGUGAACCACUCGGACGACAUGUUCGCCCCCGUGGGACUCCUGAGGGUGGUCAAGUGCCACACCGAGCCGAAAACGCCGCCCCUCACCGGCGGCAGCAUAAGCGCUGCCGACAACAACACCGGCAAAGACAAUGCCACGGGCGGCACCGCACUAUCGACGGCGGAGGGAUCGGGGGGACUGGUCUACCUCUCCGGGGUUCGCGCUGCCGCACGGUGGCCGGGGGCGGGAGGGGGCGCAGCCGCGGCGGCGGCGGCGGCGAGGCAGGCGGCCGACUGCCUGGAGGCGGCGCGCACGGGCCUCGAAGGUAUCGGCGUGUGUCUCCGAGACGUGUGCUUCGUGCACCUGUACUUGCGGGACAUGAGGCUCUUCUCAGCCGUCAACGAGGAGUACUGCAAGUGGUUCGAGGGAGAGAACCCGCCGUCGAGAAGUUGCGUGUCUGUCCCGCUGCCGCUGGGCUGCUCCGUCAUGCUGGACCUCGUGGCCCUCCGUGGAAGCGGAGAGGCUCUGGCGAAGGAAGGGGCGGCCUGCGCUCAAAGACAGGUGUUGCACGUGCGCAGCAUAUCCUCCUGGGCCCCUGUGUGCAUCGGCCCUUAUUGCCAGGCCAACACGCUAGGCCCCGGAGGGGGUUUCGCCCUCGUCGCGGGGCAGAUAGGCCUGCAAGCCGCCUCCAUGACCUUCCCCGCCCGCCGCAGCGGCCGCCCUCCGGUCCCGUGCGCGGGGGGUGCCACCUCCAAGGAGGCCAUCAGCGAGAGGCGACCAAUCCACGAGCAGGAGCUGUCGCUCUGUGUCAGCCACGCCUCCUCGGUAGCCUCCGCUGUCGGCGCUAGCGUGUCACGAGGGUGCGUGUUCGCCACGCUCUACGUCAGCGAGGAAGCAGCGGCGGCGGCGGCGGCGGCGGCGGCUGGAGGAGGAGCGGCUGUUGCGGCACAUGCAAAGGCUGGGGCAAUGGACAGAACGGACGAAGAAGGAGCCGUGGCGGGGGAGGGGCGCGGGGACACAAGGCGAACCAGUAGCAGCGACGCGGGCACCUCGGCGGGAGCAGCAGCACCGGCAGGCGGCAGCGGCGGCUGUUUGGAGGGCAUGGUCGACGAGUGUCGGGUUCUCAUGGAGGGGAGGCUUUCGCAGGAGCAGGCGGAGGCUGCUGCGGAGGCGGCGGGGACGGAGGGAGGGGAGGACGGCGAUAGCGCGGAAGACGGAUGGACGAGCGAUCCGGAAGAGCUCGCCAAGGAGGCCCCCAGGAAAAUGGUGCUGGCGCGCCGCGUCCCGAUCCUGGCUGUCGUUGUCCCCUCCCUGCCAAGAAACGCCGCCGUCGAGCUGGAGCUGGAACAAGCCAUGAGCCUCGUGCUGGCCGGAGUCUCGGACGCCGUCUCAGCCGCCCGACUGAGGUGGCACGACGUCGCGAACCUUCGCGUCUACUACAACGCUCGCCGUCAUGGGCCCUCUGGCGUCGCAGCGACGGGAACCGGCGGCGGCGGCGGCUACAGCGGCGGCAGCGAUGGAAUUGAGGAGGGGUUUCUCAAGAGGGCGACGUUUUUGGCGCUGGCCGGGGCCACGCGGGAGAGGCCGGCGGUCUCGUUCGUCCCCGUGAACGGGCUCGGGGGUGGGGCCGCCGUCAGCGUACACGCGACCGCGUGGAGCUUGGAUAGGCUCAGGACGGAGCUCUGGGUUCGCGGAGCUACGUAA